AUGGGAAUUAAGCUGAACGCCCUCGUUGCUCUAGCGGCCGUGGUUGGAUUUUCAACCGCCGACGCAGUGGGUUAUUUUGAUGAUUCCUCCGUUUGCGCAGACCCAGACGGGCUUGCAACUUGCUAUGAGAAGGCGGAUAACAGUUACACAAGUUGCAUCACUAACAACUGUGCCGGAGGUAGCAGUUCCCGCGUCUACUCCUGCGAAUACCAAUCGACUGUCCAAGACCUCCUCAACCUAUGCGUGAAGCAACAUCUGGACGACAUUCCUUUUUGGCCUCCUCCAGCCAAAGCACCCGGCGGAUGCUCUUGCAACAUUGGAAAGGCCGACAAGAAGGAAUUGCAGAUAUCUUCGUAUCUCGAUAUCUGUGCAAACAACAUGACCAACCUGAAUCAAAUGUCGGAAGUGGAUGAUAUGACGGAUUAUGCGCAGGCCUGUAUCUGCUGUACACAGAGUGCCAUAAUGUCAACGAUCUAUGAUACGUGUCCGAAUACCGAGCCCUCCGCCAUGGGAGCCGACGAUUGGUACGCCGGCCUCCUUGCGCAUAGUAAAUGGGAAGGUUGCGGGAAAUACCUGGAGGCAUAUGAUUGCGCUGGAGAUUUAGGGUUCGGUGCUGAAGAUCCCGGCGACACUCACACCUUCUAUAAGCCUGGAGACUUCCCAAAGAAUGGUUCCGAAUCACUGUACAAUACGGGCGGUGUUAUUUCGACACCCGUGAGUGAUGCAACCUUCACAUGGGCCUAUGGCACCAUAGAACACCCGGCCACGGUUAAAUCGACUGAUAACGUCGUGACUACGACUGCGACCACGACCGCGACAGGCACAUCGGGCGACUCAAGCACCACAGCUUCCGAGACAGGCGCAAGCAGCACAAAGACACGAAUGGCUGUUUCUGUUAAUAUGCCGCAUUGGGAACCUGUUAUUCUGUCUGGUGCUCUUGCCCUGGCAUUAUUUUGA